GGGUCCUUUUGUGGAAUAAUCUCACAAUAAAGUGUCAAAAGUGCGAAUAACCCAUUUGCUUUCCUUCACAAAACCCCACCGACUUACACACACCCACACCCGAUGCAUAAAUUUGGGGAAAUUUAAAGACCCAUUUCGCUCCCUUUAUUUCCGAACGGAAAUCAGAGACGAUUAUGGCGACCACAAUCACUUACCCACUUCUCAUAUUUUUAUUAAUCUUCUACAAUUUAUUCACCCUCUCACUUUGCUCCGAUCAAGAACCUGUUCUACUUAAAGGCAUUGAUGUGGCGCAUCCAACUAUAGACGUCACCCCCACACCAAUUCAUGGCUCGUCUCAAGGAUCUAAAGACGUUCAAUCUUGCGAACGUGUACCUGUACAUGGUAUUUCAAGAAUGAAAAUACAAAGUUAUGCCAAAGCGUUCAAGGUUAUGUUGGUCCCGUCAGUGGUGAUCCCUGAUAAAUGGCAUAACAAGAUUCAAAUUUGUUUUCACCGAAACGCUUCAAUGGGUUUAUGCCAGUGUGAAAAGGACGAUUGGAGAUCUGUUCAUAAAGGGUUAUGGAGUUCCACUAUGUCACCUUAUGAACAAAGAUUCGUUGAUGUGAAGUUUACUGGCGGGAUAUCUGGUUCCGUAACUGUCACUCUUGAAGAAGUGUCGCAGGAAUGGCGGUAUGUGUUGCUUUUGGUGGGAAUUGCUUUACUAUUCUUGGCACCCGCUGUUAGCAACUGGGUCCCGUUUUACUAUACCAGCUCUAUGGCUAUUGGAAUUCUAGCUGUUAUUCUCAUACUGCUUUAUCAGGGGAUGAAGUUAUUACCGACUGGCAGGAAAAGUGCCUUCUAUUUAAGUAUGUAUACAUCACUGAUUGGGGCAGGAUCUUUUCUGGUUCAUUAUGUUGCAGUGUUCGUUAAUUCAAUCCUCUCGAAUUUCGGAUUCAGUCAAGAGAUGCAGAACCCAGUUUCGGUAUUCGUGCUGCUUACAAUUAUUCUACUAGGAGCAGCUCUUGGAUAUUGGCUGGUGCGAAAGUACGUUAUUUCAGAAGAUGGAGAUGUAGAUGUUGGUGUAGCCCAAUUUAUCAAAUGGUCCAUGCGCGUUAUAGCAGUCACAUGUAUUUUUCUGAGCUCGAAUGACACUCCUUUAGCAAUGGCGGCAGUUGUUUCAUGUCUAGUUCUAUAUUACAUGAUUACGUCUCUCAAGUGGCAUGAUUAUGAGGGUCCACAUUUAUCUAUGAGGUCAAACAGGUGGCGGUUCAAUGGACAAAGAACACCAAAGGCUGGACGGGCUGAAUUCCUUAGCCGGCCCAAAAAGAUUAGCCCGUUAGGAAGCCCGUGGAAUGGUCCACGGAAUUCAUUCGCCUGGCCCGACUCACCAAUCAAAGGAACAGUGAACGCAUCUGGAGAUAGAGGGUCAACCGGAAGUCAACAUGACUAUUACUCGACGUAUCACAAGACUCCAAACAGAAAGAAGUAUUCAAAGGAAGAAUGGGCGGAGUUCACAGAGGAAUCAACCCGAGAAUCAGUUGCUGAGCUGGCAUCUACGCCUGAAUUCACCGACUGGAUGAUCAAGAAUGCUAAUCGAAUCAAACUUCUUCCUGAUAACGGGUCAGAUGAUGAUGCCAGCGGGUCAGAUUCUACUGAUGGAUACUUGGUCAAGAAAGCAAACCGACGUGGAUUUUUCAGCUGGUGAACGCAUCAGUGAGUUACUCACUGAUUUGUUGUUUUACCGGAUCGAUGUACGCGCAAUCUUGAAGUUGUUAGAGAGUGGUAGUUUGUGUAGUUUUUUCUUUCUGUCGUCGUUAUUGUUCUAGGAUUGUUAAUCAAGUCGUAAUACUUCGAUUGGAAUGUAUAUUUCUCGUUUCAUGAUGUCGAACGGAUAGAUUCAUGUAUUAGUAAUCACUUAUAAGCAGCAGGUAAUACACUUAAUUAUACACA